AUGAUAAAAACAGUUGGGACUUUUUCUGUGCCAAGGCAUUUGCACAACAAGGCUGCCCUUCUGAAUUGGAAGGAAGUUUGGAGGAAAAUCGUCGAGAAAUGCAAAGGACUUCCACUGGCAAUCGUGGUGAUUGGGGGGCUUCUUCGAGAAUCACCCAAGUCACAAGAAUACUGGGAAAAGAUUGCUAAAGAGAAGCACUUGGUUCUUGAUUCAGUAGAGGGCUACAAACCAUUGAACAUUCUAUACUUGAGCUACAAGUACUUGCCGCUUUGCUUGAAACUGUGUGUUCUUUACCUGGAAUAUGUGCAGACUACGGCGUUGAAAUGA